AAGCCGUGGCGUGAGGUCUGGAUGAAUAUUAGUCUUCUCGUGUACGCCAUGAUGCUUCACAUCGCACGCAUCAUCACUCAUCAUUGGCUCAAGUGCCACAAUUCGCGGCCAUCGGUUGUGCGGGUGCCCACUCAGAGUGAGCUGAGAACAUACCGCUUGAACCUGAUCAGGUUAGGACCUGCGCAGGGAACAACCACCGCAUCUCACUCAUCUCUCGCUCGUAUCACCAUAGUGUGUCCGUCUCUCUGGGCAAACAUGGCUCCUCGUUGCGCGGUCGUCGCCGUCAGUGCUUUGGUCAUCGCCGCGCCAGCCGCUGUCCUGGGAUCUCAGCCCCCUGAGUGUAAGCGCUUCGAUGAGAUUUAUGCCAGCGGCAAAGAGCUCUGCGAGAACAUGUGGAACGACGCCUUUACCUAUGAAGAAGACGAGGCCAAGGCCUACACGAUGUGGUUCUAUGACGCAGAGAAUCCCAACGAUGCGACCUCUGAGAGCCUGGGCCUUCUGACGGGCGACCACGAAGUGUGCCACCUGGACUACUUCCACAAGGACACUCCGGGGCCUGAGCCCGAUGGCUUCAGCGAGUGUCACCCUUGGAAGGACAAUGCCUGCUGCAGCCAUGACACCGUCAUGAGUGCCACGACGCUCAAGGAGGCCUACGGCCAGGAGUUCCACUGGGACCGCUGCGGCCCGCUGAGCCCGGAGUGUGAGCGCUUCUUCGUUCAGGAGGCGUGUUUCUACGAGUGCGAUCCGAACGCCGGGCUCUUCCGGAAGUGGAACUCGACCGAGUACGACCCCAGGUGCGAUGCCUACGCUGAGGGGUACGACGAGGCCUUCGCGACGGCCCAGGGUUGUGACCACAACACGUGGCAGAUGCACAAGAUGCCGAUCAAGGCUUCGUACUGCGACGCGUGGCUCACGGCCUGCGCAAAGGACAGGUUCUGCGCGACGGGUGGCGGUGACUUCUUCAGCUGCGCGGCGCACUACGAGGCCUCCGACGCCAGCGCGGCCGAGAUCGCUCGCCUGGAGGCGGACUUGGAGCAGAGCUCGGGGCUGGGUGCCGGCAUCGUUGCCGUCAUCUCUGCGCUGGCAGUCUUCGCCGCUCUCGGGGUGUCGGGCGCGUGCUGGCUGGUCCACCGUGAGAAGAAGGGGCGGCCCGUGUUCGGGGAGCUGCGGGAGCCGAGCGUGCCGGCCGCCAGCGACGGCACGACCAUCGGCAAUUCCGCUUGAGCAGGUGGGCCGCAGAGACAUGUAAAUACAGAAUGAUUGGACCGAAGUGGCUCUCGGCCCAUCUCGCCACCGUGCCUGGGUCGUGCACCAGAAGCUUCUCGAAGGCCUCUUGAGCGCUCCUGUUGAGAGUCUCCUGAGGCCUCCUGGGUCGCCGGAGGCCUUGGGGGCAUCUUCUGGAGGAGAAUCAAGGUUUGUUCGAGGUUUCGAAACAUUCUGUUCAGUGCAAGCGGCACGGCGGCGGAUUUGGCUGGACUUGCGGGGCUUGGCUUGGAGAGCCACGUUGUUCGUUUCGACCCCCCCCAGCACAGUUGUGGCUCCACCACUGACGGCUGCUCUUUCAUCUUAGGGGCCAUGUCUCUUUCAAGUUUCCAUUUCCGUUGCAUCGAAGUGGGUGAUUGACACGUCCGCGCACGCACCCCUCUUCCACGACCAACAAAGUGUUCGAGAUGCGCUCGCUGUUUAGAGAGCGUGCCACAGUAGAGCGUGCCGUGUGGGCCAAGGCCUGAGCAGCAAUGAUUGGAGUCAUGGACGCCCCGCAAAUC